CGCUGUGAGUCACAGCUUCCCGCAGCAGAGCCAGGAAGCCCAGGCUGGGGAGGCCCGCCCUCCAGAGCAGCCGCCCCGCGGGGAGGAGCUGGUCCAUGCUAAUGAGCAAGUUGCCUGCCAGAGACGGGAACUUCAUUCCCCUCCUGGUCAGGCUCGCAGAGAUUAUGCCCCUUCUCUCACCAUGAGCUGGCUCUCCAGUUCCCAGGGCGUUGUGCUCACUGCCUACCACCCCAGCGGCAGGGACCAGGCCGUGGGGGGCAGCCAUGCAGAGCGCGGUGAGGAGCCCGCCUCCUCCUCGAGUUGCAGAUAUGGCCAGUACACCAUGAACCAGGAAAGCACCACUAAAGUGACAGAGAAACCUCCGCUGGAUCGAUCGAGUUCCCAGGAUUCCUUGGACGAACUAUCUAUGGAGGACUACUGGACAGAACUAGAAAAUAUCAAGAAAUCUAGUGAAAACAGACAAGAUCAAGAGACGGUUGUUGUCAAAGAGCCUGAUGAGGGCGAAUUGGAAGAAGAGUGGCUCAAAGAGGCUGGCUUGUCCAAUCUGUUUGGAGAGUCCACGGAGGAUCCCCAGGAAAGCAUGGUGUUUCUGUCCACUCUGACACGCACCCAGGCAGCAGCUGUCCAGAAGCGGGUAGAGACGGUUUCCCAGACACUGAGGAAGAAAAACAAACAGCACCACAUUCCUGACGUCAGAGACAUAUUUGCUCAACAGACGGAAUCAAAAGAAAAAGCUCCAGAUGGCACUGAAUUUCGGUCAGUCGGAACAAAUGAAAACAAACACCAAGAAAAAGACGACCAGGCUUCUUCACGCCUCGUUGUUGGUGAUAAGGAGCUGAUCCUGCCCAUGCCCGAGGAGACGCCCGCCUCUGUGACAGACAUCAACCUGGAGGUGUCAUUUGCUGAACAAGCCGUCAGUCAGAAAGACAGCUCUCAGGACAGGACCUGGAAGACGAAAGACAGCAGUGCCUCUUUUCCUAGUUUCAGAUUGCCAAAGGAUAAAACAGGCACCACGAAAGUGGGUGACCUCGCCCCUCAGGACAUGAAGAAAGUUUGCCGUUUAGCCUUGGUCGAACUCACCGCGCUCUAUGAUGUCCUGGGUGUUGAACUGAAACAACAAAAAGCUGGGAAAAUCAAAACAAGAGAUUCUGGGCUUUUUGGCGUCCCGUUGACCAUAUUGUUAGAACAAGAUCAGAGGAAAGUGCCAGGAACUCGAAUCCCUUUGAUUUUUCAAAAACUGAUUUCUCGAAUCGAAGAGGGAGGUUUGGAAACAGAAGGCCUCUUACGGAUACCCGGAGCUGCCACUAGAAUUAAGAAUCUUUGCCAAGAACUAGAAGCAAAGUUUUAUGAUGGGACUUUUAAUUGGGACAACGUCAAGCAGCAUGACGCAGCCAGCCUGCUGAAGCUCUUCGUGCGCGAGCUUCCCCAGCCGCUGCUGGGUGCAGAGCACCUCAGGGCCUUCCAGGACGUCCAGAAUCUUCCAACCAAGAAGCAGCAGCUGCAGGCCCUGAACCUCCUGGUUAUCCUCCUGCCCGAUGUGAACAGAGACACACUGAAGGCCCUGCUUGAAUUUCUCCAAAGAGUCAUAGAUAAUAAAGAGAAGAAUAAAAUGACAGUCAUGAACGUGGCGAUGGUCAUGGCCCCAAACCUCUUUAUGUGUCACACACUGGGUUUGAAGUCCAGCGAACAGCGAGAAUUUGUCAUGGCGGCUGGGACAGCAAAUACCAUGCACUUAUUGAUUAAGUAUCAGAAACUUCUGUGGACAAUUCCCAAGUUUAUUGUUAACCAAGUGAGGAAGCAAAACACGGAAAGCCAUAAAAAGGAUAAAAAGGCUAUGAAGAAAUUGCUGAAGAAAAUGGCCUAUGACCGAGAGAAAUAUGAAAAGCAAGAUAAGAAUACGAAUGACGCUGAUGUUCCUCAGGGAGUGAUCCGAGUGCAAGCUCCCCAUCUCUCCAAAGUUUCCAUGGCAAUACAGCUAACUGAAGAACUAAAAGCCAGUGAUGUACUCGCCAGGUUUCUCAGCCAAGAAAGUGGGGUUGCCCAGACCCUAAAGAAAGGAGAAGUGUUUUUGUAUGAAAUUGGAGGAAAUAUUGGCGAGCGCUGCCUGGACGAGGACACCUACAUGCAGGACUUGUACCAGCUCAACCCCAGUGCCCAGUGGGUGAUAAAGACCGAGCCAUCGUAGAAGAUGAUGAAAGCACACACAACUGCAAGGACCUCUGCAGUAACUCUUGCGGGGCCAAGAGUGCACAUAAAAGAAAUGGCCGGCCUCUCAUUAUUAUUCCACUGUACCCAGCUGUUGCUGUUAGAAAGUCACACCUCGAGCCUUUAACCGUACAGAUUUGUGCUGCUGCCAGAAUUAUGUGAAUUACUAAUAUCAGAAAACAUUUCUGGAUAGGAAGGUGGCCUACUUAGCUUGGGGCUGUUUUCAUACAGGCCAUAAAAGGCGUGCAGAUGUGACAGUUGUGUAAUGUGAAAAUAUAUUUUCUAGCCACUCCGUUUUUUCUUCUAAAAUCAUAUAUUCUGUAAUAUAUCCUUUCUUACCAUCUCAGAUGCUGUCCUUCCUUAACACAGUUUGCUUUCUAACCCAAAUCAGUUAACAAACACAAGGUAUGUCAAGUUAUAAAGCCAGCGUGUAGUAAAGCCAGCAUGUACACCACUGUGUAGUAUUCUUGUCACUACAGAAUGUUAGUAUUCAUGCCUUACGGUCAUUCAUCCAAGUAACACUUUGCUCCUGUGUCACUGUGGCAAUUUGCAUUUUUUCAGUUCAUCUGACAUAUUUGCACAGAGGUAUAUCCAAGAUCAAGAAAACAAACCACCAGAAACUGCCAAUUAUCACCAAACCAUGAAAUACUUUACUACGAAUAAAUAAAACACACCCACGUGGAAUAACUGAUAUAACCAAUAGCCAGAGAGUGAAAGCCAAAUUACUUCAUGAUGUACUCUUGCAAAGUUUAAACAGUCCUCGCUAGCUUUAUUAUAGUCCUAGUAGCUUUAUAAAUAUGCAUCAUAAUAUAGUCUGCUAAUGGCUGGGGAAUGUAUUCUUAAAGCAAGGUUUUAAAUUUUUUUUUCUCCUAAAUAAGUCUACUGGCGGAGUUAAUCUGGGUAUAGCAGUCAUGUGAACAAGCUUUUGCUUGAGUACUUAUUUUAAACAGUACACUUACGAAAUGGUUGAAAGGACUAUUCAAAAGGGUUUUAAUGCGUAAGUCACAUUGUGACAAGAGGUAAGCCUCUGAGCUGUAAAUAAAUGUUAAAUAUUUUACGAGGUUGGAGUAUACUAAAUAAAAAGUGAUGUAAAGGAAUGGGGCACCAACUGUGUUUGAUACUUUUAGUAGUUCUAGUAGUUCUUUAAGAGAAAUCACAUUCUCAGCAGCUCUUGAUGUCCACUCUAAUUAGGAGUGAAAAUGCUGUUAGUGAGAACAGUCAUACAUUUUUAGUAUUUAAUUACAACAGCAGCCUGUGGAUAUGAUCACUUAAAUAACUUUCUGGUGAUUUGU